ACUAUGGAGAGUUAAAGGCCUCUAUAAAGGCAAGAGUUAUGCUAAAGAUGGCCAAACUACAUCGAGAGAAUAUUAAGAACCAGAAAUUAGCUACUUCAGAACCUAUUAUCAGUCAAAACAACCCCUAUCUUAACUACUUAGCAGAGUGGGCCCAAGUAAAAAGAUUGUUUGACUCUAUUUCUAAACUAACAACAGACAACUCACCUCAAGACAAGAAAGAAAUCAUACAAGAGCUACUAUCUGCAAACAAUACAAUAGCAGAACAAUACUUUAAAAUAGAAACAGAACUACUCGACACCCAGGACUAG